AUGACGGAGAACACUAGAACGAAGCUGCUCGGCAAUCCGCUGGAGCCCAGCUAUCAUCUGGUCGCCUCAGCCAACACAAUGGAAAAUGGAGACUUCAAUGUGGUGGAAAAGAAGCACCGUAACGUGCACGGGAUGGGCUGGCUGGUCACGUGUCUUUUCAUCGUCGGCGAGACGGCCGGAGGCGGGUUGAUCGCCCUCCCUUCCGCUCUGGCCAAUGCUGGCCUUCCCGCCGGCCUCCUCAUCAUUUUUGUCGUCGCCGCAGCUUGCAUGAAAUUUGUCUCGCUUUGUCUGGACUUUACUUGCUUUGGGACGGCCGUUGUCUUCUUGUUGCUAGCUGCUAAAAAUAUUGAGAGCUUCUUAUUGGCGUUGGGAGGAGUUGAGCUCGGCUUCUGCCAAAUCCUGAUCGUGGUGGCGAUUUUCAUCUUUCCGAUCACCCUACUAAAAAGCCCUAAAGAUUUCUGGUGGGCCGUCAUGCUCGCCAUGGUCACCACUACCAUCGCCGUCUCCCUGAUCAUCUACGGCUCGAUGGAGGACUACCCAACCUGCUCAAAACACGUCGCAUAUGCCGAAUUCUCGUUUGAAAAAACAUUCAUGUCCUUCGGUACGGUAGUUUUUGCGUACGGUGGUCACGGAGCUUUUCCUACCAUCCAACACGACAUGCGGGAGCCGUACAAGUUUGGAAAAUCUUGCACUGCGGCUUUCAUUUUGGUAUGCAUCAUGUACUUGCCGGUGUCGUUGACGGGGUACUUUACGUAUGGUGGAGCACUUUUGGAUACGAUCAUCCCUUCACUGCAAAACUCAAAUCUUCAAAUUGCGGUGAACUGUUUGAUCACGCUGCACGUCAUCUUAGCGCUGACGAUCAUGUUUAACCCGAUGAAUCAGUCGUUUGAAGAAUUGUUAGGAGUACCACAUGAUUUUGGCUGGCAACGCGUAGCUGCUCGUACCGUCACUAUGGCGGCAGUCGUCUUCGUAGCCGAAUCUAUCCCAAAUUUUGGCCCGCUGCUUGACCUUGUUGGAGGCUCCACCAUCACCCUAAUGGCCCUAAUCUUCCCGUGCAUUUUCAACCUAUACCUCAACACUAGCAAGGCGAAGUACGGGGAUGAGGCUACGAAGGACGAGGAGCGGGUCACGAUCUCUGAUAUUCUUCAAUAUACCCCGAAGCGAAAGUUGGUCAUCAACAUCUUGGUGUUGACAAUGGCCCUUGUUGGCGGAAUGGCAGCUACAUUCUCUGCCAUCGACAUCUUGGUUACGGUCGAUUUCCACCCGCCCUGCUACAGCAGCUGGUUCACCGGCCAACAGCACUUGGGUCCCGCCGCGCAUAUUGAUAACCACGGCAAAAUCGCGUGCUGCGGAGCGUUCCGGAAUAUCUCGCGGUUUGGCGCGGAACAAUGUCUACAAUUCGGGCAGUACGUCGGAGGAGCUCACGGC